AUGGGGGCGUCCGCUCGGCUGUUGCGCGCGGUGAUCAUGGGAGCGCCGGGCUCGGGCAAGGGCACCGUGUCUUCGCGUAUCAUCAAGCAUUUCGAGCUGAAGCACCUCUCCAGCGGGGACCUGCUGCGACAGAACAUGCUGCGAGGCACAGAAAUUGGUGUGUUAGCCAAGACUUUCAUUGAUCAAGGGAAGCUCAUUCCAGAUGAUGUCAUGACUCGGCUGGCCCUUCAUGAGCUGAAAAAUCUCACCGAGCACAGCUGGCUGUUGGAUGGUUUUCCAAGGACACUCCCACAGGCAGAAGCCCUGGACAGAGCUUAUCAGAUAGACACCGUGAUUAACCUGAAUGUGCCCUUUGAGGUCAUUAAGCAACGCCUUACUGCUCGCUGGAUUCACCCAGCCAGUGGCCGUGUCUACAACAUUGAGUUCAACCCUCCCAAAACUGUGGGCAUUGAUGACCUGACCGGAGAGCCUCUCAUUCAGCGUGAGGACGACAAGCCAGAGACGGUCAUCAAGAGACUGAAGGCAUACGAGGCUCAAACGGAGCCGGUCCUGGAAUAUUACCGGAAAAAAGGGGUGUUGGAAACGUUCUCUGGAACAGAAACCAAUAAGAUCUGGCCCAACGUAUAUGCUUUCCUACAAACAAAGAUUCCAGAAGCACACCAGAAGGACUCCGUCACUCCAUGAGGAGAAACGCACAUCACCAGGAAGAGAGCAGGAGC